AUGGCGCUAAUAAAGCAGGAUUUUGGGAAGCCUUUAUUAAUAGCACUCGAUGGAUUUGAUGAACUUUUAGAUCAAUCGGAUAGAGAUAAAGUUAUCUCAUUACUGGAACAUUUAAAAGACUAUUUUGCUGCUAUCAAGAUUAUCAAGUUAUAUAUUCAUAAACAAUAUAUAUCAAGUUAUAUAUUUCUAAACAACAAACUCCUAAAAGAGAACAUAGCAAAUAUACAUUUGCAAGCAGAGUGUUAUGAUAAAGAAGUUUUAUUUGUGGCAGCCAAGGAAUAUAAUACAGGAAUUGCCCGUUUUGUAUUAAAUAAUUCAGAUAAUUCAAGUAGCAUUGUUGAUUCUAAAGACACGUUUGUCAAGAUAAUUUUGCACACGGCUGCUAACACUGGUAACUUGGACAUGGUAAAAUUUCUGAUAAAUGAAAAAAAGGCCAAUUUGAAUGCUAAAGAUGUGAAUGGCGAAACAAUUUUGCACGUAGCUGCUGUUCCUGACAAUUUUGGCAGCACAGUUUUGCACGCAGUUACGAAUUCUGAUAAUUUAGAAAUUGUUAAAUAUCUGAUAGAUAAAGGUGCCAAUGUUGAUGCCGAAGAUAAUGCUGGCAGUCCAAUUUCGCACGUGGCUGCUGUUCCUGAUGAGAGCAAGUUUAAUCUUUUCGGCUCUGAUGGAAAAAGAUUUGUGUGGAGGAAACCGAACACCGAAUUAAAUCAAAAGAAUAUUAUUCCUACAGUAAAACAUGGUAGUGGUCAUGUCAUGGUAUGGGGCUGUAUGUCACAUACCAUGGAGUAG